AUGUUGACCCUACAGUCGUUUCUAGUCGCAAUUGCAGCACUGGGCUCCGGCUCACUUGCGCAAACGGACCAGACACUGCUAGGGCCUUCUUUCGAACCACCAACUCAUCUUUCAACUCAGGCAUUGAUUCAAGAGGCUGCUUCAAGUAUUCAAAAGUCACUGAACCGCGCCAUUCGCACCGGGAAAAGCCGAUAUGGCAACUUCAACAGCAGCACGACAUCUUUUUCCUUGACUGCCGUUUCGCAGCAAGAGCCUGCCCCGAUCAUCGACUUCCAUCACACGUCUGGCUUUCUCAAUGUAUCUGCUGGAAGCACGUCAAAGGUGACAGCCGAUACAGUCUAUCGAAUUGGCAGCGUGUCAAAACUAUUCACCGUUUACUCUCUGCUUCUGAACAAUGGUAUCAGCUACUGGAACCGUCCUAUCACGGACUUUGUACCAGAACUACGCCAAGCUGUACAGCAUCCGUUAUACAAAUCGUCGGUUAUCGAUUCUGUUCAAUGGGACCAAGUCACGGUUGGUGCUCUUGCAUCACAGCUCUCUGGUAUGGGAAGAGAUUAUAAUUCGGGAGACUUGUCGGUUCAAGAUUUCCCCGCGAAAGAGGCCGGAUUGCCUCCUCUCCCUCCUCAAGACAUUCCUACUUGCGGCAUAAAUGAUGGCCAGCUACCAUGUCCUCGCAAAGAAUAUUUUGCAGGUCUUGUUCAAAGACAUCCCGUUUUCCCAUUAUACUCAAAGUCCAUGUAUUCCAACGCAGCUUAUAGGAUUCUCGCAUACAUGCUCGAAGAAAUUACCGGCAAGUCGUACGACGAAGUAGUCAGGAAUGACGUUUUUCAGCCUCUAGGCAUGAAGCAUUCAAGCUCGCUGCCACCAUCUCACAAUGGAGCUGGAGUGAUUCCUGAUGGAGAUGCGGGAUGGGACAGAGUUUACGGCGAUGAGGUUGCCACUGGCGGCCUCCUUUCUUCAACAAACGACUUGGUAAAGUUUGGGCGCGCCAUAUUUGCCAACAAGCAACUCAGUUCCAUGGAGACGCUUCGCUGGAUGAAGCCGGCCUCCUUGACAUCUUCACAAUCUAUCUCUGUCGGCGCGCCAUGGGAAAUCGUACGAACUCAGAGUGACAUCACGACCGGCCGAAUUGUCGAUCUCUAUACCAAAUCUGGCGGCGUCGGCGCCUACAAUUCCUUGCUUAUCCUCAUACCCGACUAUCAAGUCACCUUGGCCAUUCUCGCCGCUGGGCCCGACAGUGCUGCAGCAUUGCAAGUUGCCACCGAGAUCGCGAUUCAAACACUUGUCCCCGCCCUGGAGAAGGCAGCAAAAGCAGAGUCAUGUCGCAAGCAUUGCGGAAAGUACGCACCGGCAGGCGCCGAGAAUAAUUCAUCAUCCCUCGUCCUCACUGUCGACGAUGGACCUGGCCUGCUACUCAAGGAGUGGAUUCACCAGGGCCACGACAUCAUUGCCGCCGGACAAGCUUACGCGAACGCUACACGCGGCGGCCGUAUCAAUGCUGUGAGACUGUUUCCAACAGGUCUGCAGACGGGGAGCGAGGCUGCGUAUCGGGCGCUGUUCGAGACGAUUCCAUACCAAUACAAUCCGUCAGUCCAUAUGGUGUUUGACCCGACAGCAGGGAUGUGGGGGACGCCGGAUCAGCUCAUGUAUGGGGGGAUUGCGGCAGACGAUUUUGUGUUUCAUCUUGACGCCGGGGGAAGUUCAGCUGCAGUUCAGCCGCGAGUGUUGAGAGAGGUCUACAACAGAGUAUGA